UCCUCUCAUGGCUUCUUCGAACAAACCGAAAAAGAAAGCGGUUGGCAAUUGUUGUAGUGUUGUAAGUUGUAAAAAUUCAAGUGCAAAUACGAGUCACAUUCGUUUUUAUAGUUUCCCAGCAAAACCGCACAUGCACGAGCAGAAAGCAAAGUGGAUAGCAGCAAUACGACGACUAAAUUCGGACGGAUCAGCUUGGAUGCCAACCAAGCAUUCGAGGAUUUGCAGUGCACAUUUUGAAAACAAUACAAAGUCCAAUCACCCGCUGAGCCCAAGUUUUGUCCCGACGAUUUUUCCUAAACUGUAUAUGAAAAAUAGAUUACCGGUCAAUUCUACUGAAAGAUUUAUACGACUUCAGAAAAGGACGAAAAGUACUGUAGCCCGUUGUUCGCUGUCAGAUACCACAAGGAAACGUGUCCCAGAAAUGUCUACAGAGGCUGAGGUUGGUGAAACUAUUUCGACCCAAAAAAGAAGAGCACAAGAUCAAUGUACACAGGUGGAUUUUCUAGAAAGCGAGGCGGUACUGGAUUGCAACAUGUUCAUAUGCACCCAAGUAAUAAAUGGAGAAUCACGCGAUGUUCAAACUCAAAUAAGCUCUGUUACUGGUAAAAAAGGGUUUAAACUGGUAAAACCCGCAUCGAAAAGUUGCGGUACGGAUAUCAUCUAUAAAACAAAGCUUGUUGGUCCUGACCAAGUCAAUAGGCCUUAA